GUUUCUACCGAGUUAUUAUGGGCGAUUCUGAUAAUGGUUUUGAUGACAGCUAUGAGCAGACUGAUAUUGGGGCAGCGAUACGCAAUGGAAGAGAAAUCCUUUUCCAGGCAUUCAACUGGGAAUCUCAAAAAUGUGAUUGGUGGAGGAAUCUAGAGUGUAAAGUUCGCGAUAUUGCAGAAUCUGGAUUUACCUCUGCCUGGUUGCCACCUCCAACUCAUUCCAUCUCUCCUGAAGGUUAUCUCCCUCAGAACUUAUACUCCCUAAACUCUUCAUAUGGUUCUGAGGACAUGCUUAAAGCUUUACUUUAGAAAAUGAAGCAGUGCAAGGUUAGAGCAACUGCUGAUAUAGUCAUCAAUCACCAUGGAAUACCAUUACCAUGGAAUGAAUUUGCUGUUACCUCAUGCACUGGCGGCCUGGGCAAUCGUAGCACUGGGGACAACUUCCAUGGGGUUCCAAACAUCGAUCAUAGCCAACGUUUUGUCCGUAGAGAUAUCAUAGAAUGGCUGAAGUGGCUACGCGGUAAUGUUGGAUUUCAGGAUUUUCGUUUUGAUUUUGCAAGAGGUUAUUCUGCAAAAUUUGUGAAAGAAUAUAUUGAAGCAGCAAAGCCGAUAUUUUCUAUUGGAGAGUAUUGGGAUUCUUGUAAUUAUAAUGGCAAUGACUUGGACCAUAAUCAAGAUGGACAUAGACAGCGGAUAAUAAAUUGGAUUGAUAGUACAGGACAACUUUCAUCUGCUUUUGAUUUUACUACCAAGGGAAUUCUUCAGUUAUUGCUGUUGUAUGAGGCUGUUAAAGGACAAUUAUGGCGUCUACGUUACCGUCAAGGAAAGCCACCAGGUGUGAUGGGAUGGUGGCCUUCAAGGGCCGUAACAUUCUUAGAUAACCAUGAUACUGGUUCAACACAGGCCCAUUGGCCUUUUCCUGCCAACCAUGUCAUGGAUGGCUAUGCAUAUAUUCUCACGCACCCAGGGAUACCAACGGUAUUUUAUGACCACUUCUACGAUUGGGGUGACUCGGUGCACAGGCAGAUUGUAAAUUUGAUUGACAUUCGAAAAUGUCAAGACAUCCACAGUCGGUCAUCUGUGAAGAUCCUUGAGGCACGAUCAGAUCUUUAUUCUGCAAUAAUUGGGGGGAAACUGUGCAUGAAGAUCGGAGAUGGUUCUUGGUGCCCUUCCGGUACGGAAUGGACGCUUGCAACCUCUGGCCGCAGAUAUGCAGUAUGGCAGAAAUAAGAGCUUGUCAAACGCCAUUUGUCAAGUUUGAUCACAGAAAAGAUUAUUCUCUUCUAGCGAACUACCCAGCUCUAAGUGGUCUGAAAUAUGAGCAGCAGCUAUGAGUGUUGUGUAUGAUCUAUGGAGAGGAAUGUAAGUGAUUGACACAAGAGCUUUUCUAGAUGUUUUAGUUGUGGAGCGACCUAUAGAACACAGUUUAAUGUACUUGAAUGAUAUAGUUUA